AAAUUUCUAAACCGCCAAGCAUCACAUUUUUUUCGGGAGGCAUUUAAAUUUUUAAUUUUUAUUUGUAAAAAUGUCUUUAUCAUUUCAAAAUGCAGAUUCAAUUAAGCAAGCGCUUUAUGAGGAAUUACAAAAUGUUUUAAAUCCAGAUGCAGAUAUCCGAAAUCAAGCUGAAGCUCGAGUUAAACAACUUGAAUUUACUGAAGGAUACGGCGUUUAUUUAACAGAAUUUAUAAUGAACCAAUCUUUUGAUAUUUCAUUGAGGCAAUUGGCAUGUAUCAUGUUGACAAAAUAUGUCGAGAAUCAUUGGAGUGAAUCAAAUGAUUUGUCAAAAGAGGAAAUUGCCGGUGACCAAGCAAAAAAGACAAUCAGAAAUAUUCUUCCAAAUGGUCUUUAUGAUCCAAAUAGCAAAAUUAGGUCGGUUGUAGCUCAAACCAUUUCUGCGAUUGCAAAUGUAGAUUAUCCCGGUAUAUGGACUGAACUAUUUGAUAUAAUAAUAAAGUGCCUUGGUGGGAAUGAAAAUUCAAUACAUGGUGCUAUGCAAGUUUUAGUUGAUUUCCCAUAUGAAGAAAAACAAAUCAAAGAACUUGGUCCAGUUAUAAUUUCUGAAGUAUAUAGAAUAUUCGAAUCAGAACAGCAAUACAGUGUCAAAACUCGAACGCAUGCUAUAAAAAUAUUAAAGCCUUUGUUUUCUGCAAUAAGCUAUAGCAUAUCGAAUAAACAAGAACAAGCACAAAUGAUGGAAAAUGUUUUGAGAAAUUUUAUGACAAAACUGAUAUACAAUUUAUCAGUAAACCCUGAAGCCAAAAGUAAUUUCGUCUUAAAAACGGAAAUUGUGAAAAUUCUCACGUUUUUGGUAUCAGAAAUGCCAAAAUAUAUACACCCAUUUAUGAAUCAAAUUUUACCUCCUAUAUGGCAGCUUUUAACUCAAACAGCUGACCUUUAUGUAAAAGUGAUUGUAAAUGGAACUGAACCAAACCCAUUCCCAGAAACAGAUGAUGAAGAUGACGAAUUGACCAAUUUGACAACUAUGAUUAUACAAAUUUUUGAGUUCAUACAGUGCGUGAUUGGCGGAGGCAAAUUCAGACCUAUUAUAAAAAACGUUUUAACUGAUUUGAUGUACAUCAUGGUGGUAUAUAUACAAGUAUCUGAGGAGCAGAUUGAAAUGUGGGAAGAUGACCCCGAAAAAUUUGUUGAAGAUGAGGAUGAUGCUGGCGUUGAUUUGACUAUCAGAUUGUCUGGACAGGACGUUUUAACAGCUUUAAACGAUGAGUUCGGGGCAAAAGUGUUACCAUCUUUAUCUGAAGCUUUGGUCCGCCACAUGAAUGUUGCUGAAGCAGAAAAAGGCUCUGGCAAUCAACAUUGGUGGAAAAUUCAUGAAGCCUCUAUGGUAGCGGUGCACACAUUUAAGGAUCUUAUAUUAGAAAAUGAAACGCACUUUAAUUUAUUGAAUUAUUUGACUGUCGUACGAAAUCUCCUUAAUUUCCAAAGUUCGCCUUAUCUUAUUGGCAGAUGUUUGUGGACCUUAAGCGCAUAUUCCCAAUCGUCUUUAUAUAACGUUCAAUUGUUAGAUGAAAUACUAGAUGUCACACUUGCAAGUCUAUCUAGAGAUAGGCCGAUAGUACUAAAAAUAUGUGCAGUACGAGCUAUUCACGGUUUUGUCGAUAAUAUAGAUAAAAAUGAAGAAGAAGGAAGAGCCCUAAUUUUAAGUAAAUUGCUUGGAUUUGUUGAUGGAAUUUUAGAUUUGAUAACAGGUUGCAAAAGUUCUGUGUUGGCCCUACUCUUAGAAGCACUUACAACAAUUAUCUCGUUUGAUAACAACUUCGCAGCAUCAGUUCAUUCCAAAAUUAUUCCUUUAACUAUAGCAAUUUUUUUAAAAUAUCCCGAAGAUCCAUUUAUAUUAGAAAUUGUUCAGGAUAUGUUAAAAGCACUUUCUCAGAAUCCACUUUGCCUGCAGCCAUUACAAGAAAAAAUAAUACCAACUUUGGUCAGUAUACUAAAUUUACAAGGCGAAAUGACUAAUACGUCAAAACAGGACAUUGCACUAGAUGUUCUCACUACAAUAGUAAAAUAUUCGCAGCCACCAUUAAGUGAUAAUUUAAUUGAAAACGCUUUUCCAGCAGUAGUACAAUGCGUUCUCAGAAGUGAUGAUCAUUCAGUUAUGGUUAGCGGUGGCGAAUGUCUAAGAGCUUAUAUUGCAGUUUCACCUGAACAAGUUUGCUCAUAUAAAAAUGGAGAAGGUCUCAAUUAUAUAAUGCAAGUGACUACAAUGCUUUUAAAUCCAAUGAACAACGAAAUGACUGCCAGUCAAAUAGGUCGCUUGGUUAUUACAAUAAUUACAAAGAUGGGAAAUAUUCUAGGUGAAAAUAUUGAUUUACUAUUAAAAGCUGUAAUUAGUAAAAUGCAACUGGCCGAAUGUUUAAAAGUCAUAAUGAGUCUGAUUGUAAUAUUUGCACAUCUAUUUUUAACCCAAAUGGAUGCCGUAUUAAAUUUCUUAACGACAGUGCCUGGUCCGACCGGAGAACCAGCAAUUCACUUUGUAAUAUCCAAUUGGCUUGCAAAACAAAACUUAUUUUUUGGAUCUUAUGAACGCAAAGUUACUAUUAUGGCUUUAUGUAAAUUAUUUGAGUAUGGUGUAACAACACAAGAUAAUCGUUUGAUUUCGAUUAAUAUUAAAGAUUUAGUUCCAACAAACGAAAGUAGCGACAGUGGGAAAAUGAAAACUAGACAACAAACGAGUAACAGCGGUGGUCAAGUUUGGAUUACCAUCCCAGCGCUUGUGAAAGUAUUCAAAUUACUUAUAAAUGAACUUGGAAUUUUAAAAGAAGCAAAACAAUCAGAUAAUGAUUCAGAUAGCUGGACAGAUGAUGAAGAAGAUGAAAGUGGCGAAAAAGGUCAUUCUAAACAACGUUUUGUUUCUGAUUUAUAUUUUAAUGAUGAUGAUGAUGAAAAUGCAGAUGAUGAUCAAUUAAUGCAGGAACUCAUAAAAGAUCCUUUAUUUCAAGCUGAUAUGGAAAUAAAUUUAACAAAAUUUUUGCAAAAUUUUAGUAAUAAUACGCACUUUCAAGAAUUUUGUGCUCACUUAAAUGAAAGUGAAAGGAAUAUAUUACGUAGUAUAGAUAUCCAAUAAGUCUUAUUUUUAAUUGUUAAGUUUAUCUGUAUUAUUCUAUAAAUAAUAUUAUUUCAAUAACUAUAUUUCACUCAUAUAUUGUUUGAAAACAAUUCAAUAUUUAAAUAUUUUUAUACAUACAUA